AUGGUGUUCACCUUCUACAAGGCCCGCGGCUACAGCGUCGGCAGCUCUCUGGUGGAGGAGGAGCAGCUCGACCUGGCCACCAAGCUGGAGGCCCUUGCCAAGGAGAAGGGCGUCGAGCUGCUGCUGCCCACUGAUGUGGUGAUCGCCGACAAGUUCGCCCCCGACGCCAACACCCAGAUCGUCGCCGCCGACGCCAUCCCCGACGGCUGGAUGGGCCUGGACAUCGGCCCGGACAGCAUCAAGCUGUUCCAGGACGCCCUGGCCGACACCAAGACCGUCGUCUGGAACGGCCCCAUGGGCGUGUUCGAGUUCGACGCCUUCGCCAAGGGUACCAUCGCCAUCGCCGACACGCUGGCCGAGAUCACCCCCAAGGGCGCCAUCACCAUCAUCGGCGGCGGAGACAGCGUGGCGGCCGUGGAGAAGGCCGGCGUUGCCUCCAAGAUGAGCCACAUCUCCACCGGCGGUGGCGCCUCCCUUGAGCUGCUGGAGGGCCGCGUGCUGCCCGGCGUGGCCGCCCUGGACGAGAAGUAG